AUGUAUUCAGUAAGUAUGAUAUUCCAAUUAAACAAUACUGAAAAUCAUAGCUAUUUACGUUAUCCUAUUGACUUAUUAGUUAAAACUGAAAGUAGAGCAAAUUUAUUUAAGUUUGUUUUUAUUCGAAAUACAAUUUUUAAUAUACACAACAAACCUUUGGAAAGCAAUAAUUCAAUAAAGGAAAUAAAACUAGAAGAAUGA